UUUCAUCUGAUUUUAAAUCAAAAUCCAAAGUACAAAAUAGCAACAAAAAACAACAACAACAGUUGAAAUCAACCAGGUGAAGUGAAGACAAUUGACAUCAUCGAAUGACAAAUUUUAUUCAUUUGAAGAAUUGAAAAAACACAACACACACCUAAAUUUAUCAAGGAAACGAUAAAAAUCAUCCAAGAAAGAAAAAUGGGAAGAAAAAAGAUACAAAUAUCUCGCAUCACUGAUGAACGUAACCGACAGGUUACGUUUACCAAACGUAAAUUUGGUCUAAUGAAAAAAGCAUAUGAACUAAGUGUACUAUGUGAUUGUGAGAUUGCCUUAAUCAUAUUCAAUAGUACAAAUAAAUUAUUUCAAUAUGCAAGUACCGAUAUGGAUAAGGUAUUGUUGAAAUAUACUGAAUAUAAUGAACCACAUGAAAGUCGUACGAAUAGCGAUAUUGUUGAGGCAUUGAAUAAAAAAGAACAUAAAGGAUCAUCAAAUGGUUGUGAUAGUCCUGAACCGGAUGAUUCACAAUAUACAUUAACACCACGUGGUAAUGAAAAUAAAUAUAAAUUAAAUGAUGAUUUUGAGCUAAUGAUGCAACAACGUAAUAAUUCGCAUAUCAAUGGCAAUAGAUCAACACCAACCGGAUUAACCGGAUCAACAAUUGGUGGCGUUGGUGGUGGCCUAACACAUCAAAAUAUACCCGUUACUUUAGCAUUAAAUUCAUCAUCAUCAUCAUCACCAUAUGCGCCACAAGAUUCUAGUCUGUUACAAACACAGCAAUUAUCACCUCAUUCAUCAUGUGUUAGUCCAAGACCAAGCUCAUCAGGCGCAAUGAUUGAAAUGACAAGUACAACGGCGGCAACAACAAAUGGUUAUCAUCAUAAUAAUCAUCAUCAACAUCAUCAACAUCAUAAUCGUUCAUGUUCACCAUCAACAAUAUCGGGUAAUAGUUCACCAAAUCUAAUUAAAUCAUCAUCAUCAUCAACGACGACGAUGGGUAAUCAUAAAUCAACAAUUACCAAUGGUAAUAAUCAAAAUAAUGGCAGUUCUGGUGGACAAACAACAAAUAAUAAUAAUAAUAAUCAGAAUGGUCAGAAUCGUGGUAAUAAUAAUAAUAAUAAUUUGUCAAGAAAUAUUGUUAUGCCAAAUUCACAUGCAAAUAUGAAUCAUCGCAAUCUAAAUGGUACUCAGAAUCUAACAUCAUUAUCACAAUCAAUUCAGGGUAUGGCUGCUGCUAGUGGUGGUUAUCCGUCCUCAUUAUCAUCGUUUGGUUCAAAUGAUUUUCAAAAUAUUAAUCAUGAAUUGGCAUUAGCAAGCUUUAAUUCAUCUGGUCUGUUGCCAAAUUGGCCAACACAUUCAUUAGCAGGUGGUGGUGGUGGUGGUGGUGGUUUAACGCCCUUAACCGCAAGUGGUGGUGGCAUAAGUCUUUCACAUCAAAGUUCAUCAUUACCACAUUUAUCUGUGAGUAGUAGUACACCGCCACCACCAUCAUCAACAUCACCAUUAUCGAUGAAGAUAAAAAAUGAGCCAAUAUCACCUCAACGUGAACAACAAUCAACAGCAACGAAUGGUGGAGGUGGUGGUCAACAACAAAAUAAUCAAACAACAACAACACAAUCAUCAAUAGUAGCAGCGGCGGCAGCUGCAGCACAUCAAUUGGCAACAUUACAACGGCCAACAUCCGGUCAUCUGUCACCGGGGCAUCCAUUAACACCAUCAACAUCAUCAUCGCCCGAUCCAUCGGGUAGUUCCGAUUAUGAAGGACCUAUUGGUAAACGGAUACGUGUUACAGCCGAUGGUUGGCCUGCUUGAUUGCUAUUAUUAUAUCAUUAUUAUUAUUAUUGUUGUUGUUGUUGUUGCUGUUGUUGUUUUUUUCUCAUCAUCAUCAUCC